GUGGUGGAGGGGGAAGCGGCUCAGCGGCGCAUGCGCAAGGCAGACAGACGCUCUGGUUCAAACCGAGGGAUUUGUUUGUUCGGCGGACGGAGCGGGGGCGUCGCGCGGUGCAUUAUGGCUGUCAGCACAGGCAUAUCGCUGGUCCUUUCCUCCCUCCUCUCCCUCCUGCUCUUCACGGGGAUGCAGAUGUACAGCCGCCAACUGGCCUCCAGCGAAUGGCUCACCAUCCAGGGCGGCCUCCUGGGCUCUGCCCUGUUCAUUUUUUCCUUAACCGCCUUCAACAACCUCGAAAACCUGAUUUUCGGCAGAGGGUUCCAAGCAAAGGUCUUUCCUGAAAUUAUUUCCUGCCUCCUGUUGGCCCUUUUUGCAUCAGGGCUGAUUCAUCGAGUCUGUGUCACCACUUGCUUAAUCUUCUCCAUGGUUGCCCUUUACUACAUUCACAAGAUUUCCUCCACUCACUACCAAAUGGCCACGCCCGUCCCUGUGCCAGCCAAGAUGGUCAGCAAGAGCCGGAAGAGGAAUUGACGGCUGGAAGCCCCCUCGCCUCUCCAAUUUCCGAGCGGCAGGAAGAUGCCGCCUCUCGCUCGACAAAAUUCAAUAAACCCCUCUCUUUGGGUGCUUUUU